AUAAAUAAGACAGACUCACACGAGCAGCUCAACAGUGUCUUUCUUUCUCUUUAGCGUUUAAUACCCGAGGUAACAUGGGAGAGCCCCAGAACAGACGUCAGGCGGGCUCGCGCUGCGCGGGCUGCGGGCUUCUGAUCCGGGACCGCUUCCUGCUGCGCGUGCACCCUGACCUGGAGUGGCACGCGCGCUGUCUCAGGUGCGCGCACUGCCGCCGGGCUCUGGACGGGUCCUGCUUCCUCCGAGACGGGAAGACCUUCUGCAAGGAGCACCACGGCGGGUGCGUCAAAGCCUUUAAAGAGCCUUUUAGAGCAGGCUUAGUUGUAAAAAUUGACAUAUAGAAAUGCAGUUCUACAGCUAAAGAAGUUAGACGAGGCUAAGAGACAUGAAGUGCAUGUGUGUGCGGGACGACAAGAAACAAACUCACACAAGUGAUCUUUCGUCCAUUAAAUGGCUUUAAAUGCGUUUUAUUUGGAGAAUAAUAUGUCAAAAUGUGGUUGAAAUAACGCUGAACCGUCAUUCAGUGUGUAUUUAUGUAAAUUUCAAACUUAUUCUGACUGCACAUAUUUAUAAAAGAAGCUUAUUACAUUUGAUUGCGUUUUAAAUGAGUAAAAAAAUGGGCAAAACCUAGCAUACUAGCAAAGUAAAAAAACAAAAACAAAAGCACAAUUCGACUAAUUAGUGUUUGGUGUGAAAGUCAUUCAUAUUUGAAUGUGUCAUAAUGUUUUUGGUUGUAAAUAUAUGCCUGAUAGGAUUGUCACAUUGAAUGAUAUUUCAGUGGGGAAAAGAAGAAAAUCAGGGAAAAAAUUACCAUUUAGUUUUGGCUCAGAA